AGACAAUAACAGAGCGAGCCAGCCAGCCAAUGAGCCAAACAUCAAGAUCAAUUUCAUGGUGCUGCUUUGUCUUCUCUCUGGGCUAUGUACUACUACUGGCAUACUGCUCUGCUACUACCCACUGACAUCCACGGCUCCGUUUUCCACUGCCCAAAUUUCAAGACCCACAUCUCACCCUUCUAAUAUCUCCCAAUUUCUGCUUCUGCCUUCAUUUGAUGGCCAAGUGUUUUAGCUUGACGGCCGCGAGGGACUGGUGCUACAGAUGCUCCUUCUCGAACGCGGGGCUCCAACCAACGGUGAAGGACCUCGGCGACGGGACGGUGAUGCACUGUUGGGUACCCAAGACCCGGAAAGAGACGAAGCCUCACUUGGUGCUGCUUCACGGCUUCGGAGCCAACGCAAUGUGGCAGUGGGGCGACAUGGUUCGUCUGUUGGCGCCCCAUUUCAAUGUCUACGUGCCGGACCUGGUGUUUUUCGGGGGCUCGUACACGACCCGACCCGAGCGGUCCGAGUUGUUCCAGGCCGGGUGCGUGAUGCGGGUCAUGGAGGCCAACAAGGUUGGGAAGAUGAGGGUGGUUGGUUUGAGCUACGGCGGGUUUGUGGCCUACUGCAUGGCGGCGCGGUGGCCGGAGGCGGUGGAGCAGGUGGUGGUGUGCGGCGCCGGGGUGGGGUUGGAGGAGAAGGACUUGGCGGAGGGGAUGUUUCCGGUGGCGGAUUUGGAGGAGGCGGCCGCCAUUCUGCUGCCGCAGACGCCGGAGAAGAUGAGGGAGCUCUUGCGCUACGCCUUCUUCAAGUCCCCCAAGGCCGUGCCUUCUUGCCUCCUUAGGGACUUCGUUGACGUAAUGCAUAAGGAGCACUUAGAGGAGAAGAGAGAACUGAUUCGAGCCAUUCCCAAGGACAGAAAACUCUCGGACCUUCCCAAGAUCACUCAGCCUACACUAAUAAUCUGGGGAGAUCAUGACCAGAUAUUCCCCUUAGAACUCGCUUAUCGGUUAAAAAGGCACUUGGGGGCCAAUAGUGAACUAGUGGUCGUCAAGAACGCAGGCCAUGCCUUCAUUGCAGAGAAGCCCAAGGAAGUGUUAAGACACUUGAAAUCUUUCCUAAUUGAUUCAGCUCCUUCCUUCAACAAGCUCUCUUCCGGAUCAUCACAAACCACCACAGCUGAUUACUGAUUAAUUAAUUGCAGAAGAUGAUCCACCCACUAGAAUCCAUUUGAAAUUGUUUUAAACGAUUUGCACCCACAACACUAUUUUUGUACCUAACUACAAGAAAAAGAAUUUGAUGUGGCAUACCUUUGUUCAGCUCGGCAAUUUUGGGCAACAUGCAAUUGACUUGGUACUAAUGUCGAGCUCUGAUUUUGCCCCUGCGGAGACCGUGCUACUUCCAUGUAACAUUCCCAAGUCUUCAAUUCCUUGUUCUACGACUCAAUAUUUGUACGAAUUCAUCAAGUACUAGACAUUGGGACAUGUAAUAUGUUUCUUGUAUGCCGAGAGUUGAUCGCCCUAGUUAACAACCACGAGCUCAUACAAAUAUUGUGUAAAAUAGCAACAGUGAUUGGUCUUAACGCAUUGUGCAUAAAAUAAAAGC